AUGAGCCAUGCGGUACUCGAAUAUCAUAGUCGAGGGUUUGAGACCCACCGCUACGUGUAUUCGCGUAUGACGUCAUGCAACCCCAACAACUUCAUGAACCCACCAUUUACUUACAACAACGGCAAUCUUUACAACAAAUUUCUACCACAAUAUGCCAGCCAAAUCGCAAUUCAAUCUGGCAACAAUGGCAUCUACAUUCCAAAUCAAAUCUACUCGCAACAGUUUGGGCCAAAAAAGAAUAAAAAAAUGAAGGGUCUUUCUAGAUUAGACAGUGAGAUUGGAUAUUUCUGCAAGUGUAUGGAACCAACUGAAACUGCCAACAAAGAAAGAGAGAAUGUUGUAACGAGAAUUAGAGCAGCAGUUGAAAGCUGCAUAGACCCAGUAAAAGUUGAAGUGUUUGGGAGUUUCAAAACAGGGUUGUACCUACCUUCAAGUGAUAUUGAUAUUGUAGUUUUUCAUAAGUGCCCUGUCACUCCAUUUGAUAUUUUGAAGAAAGCUCUUGUGGAAGCUCAAGUGUGUGAUGAGGAUAAAAUUCUUGUUCUCUAUAAUGCUACAGUACCAAUUAUAAAGCUGAUGGACAGGCAAACAGAUGUCAAAGUUGAUAUAGGAUUCAAUAUUGAUAAUGCAACUAAAAGUGCCAUCUUCAUCACUGCCUCACUAAAUCAGUGGACCCCAAUGAAAAGUUUGCUCCUAGUUUUGAAACAAUUGCUGAUUGACAAAGACUUGAAUGAGGUCUACUCAGGAGGAAUAAGCUCAUACAGUCUCACGUUGCUCAUUUUGUAUUAUCUUGAGCUGACAAUCCACCCUAACUCCGUCACAUCAAAAAGUCUGUCCCCCGCUGCCCUUCUACUAGAUUUCCUCGAAUACUUUGCCUACCGUUUCGACUACCGAACUUUCGGAAUUGGGGUAAGUCCGUGCUGUCUAUUGCACAAACCUUUUGUCAGCGAUGCCCUCGUUAUCCGAGAUCCCCUCUGCCCUAGCAAUGAUGUGGCCAGAGGUUCCUAUAGAUUCUCAUGUGUUCAAAGUGCAUUUAAAGAGGCUUACAAUAAGUUACACAUGUCUCUACAGCAGCAGCAACAACACCAACAGCCUGUGAUCAACAGCAGUUGUAGUGGCAGUAGUAUUUUAGGUUGUAUCAUUAGAGAAUGCUGUGACCUCGAGAUGAUGAUAAAAAACAAUUUGAAAAACGACGAUUCGCUGAUCCUCCAGUCUAUAUCGUCACCACCGUCACCAUCGUCACGAGCCGUCAAAUCGUCAUCAUUAUCAACGUCUUCGGAAAAUGUCGCCCUUCUUUCUGAUGAUGAUAAUGAUUGCCUGGCCGGUUCCCUUGACUCUGGUAUUUCCGGUGCCAAGGGAAAUAGGGAUGGGCGUAUUGAGGACGUCACCUGUCAGUCAUUUCAACUGACGCUCAAAAUAUCGCCACUUCACCGACAACAUCAUCAACUGCAACAACAACAACCGCCACCACAACAUCAAUCCGUCUCUACAUCCACUUACGAUGAAAACAACACCAUGAACAGAGAACAAGACACUGCCUUCUUCUGCUACAAUGACGAUGGCGCCGACAACGAAAUCAACAACAUCGUCAUCAACAAUAGCAAUAUCAUCAAUAUCGAUUGUUGCUCUCAACAGAAUCGAGAUUCUCCAGAUGUUUUCACGGCCUGUGAAUUAGCACAACAGCCAGCAAGACAACCACAUGCGACCUUACCAACGACAGCCACAUCAACAGAGGCCACCACGUUAACAACAAAACGAUCAUACAGAGAUGUAGUUUGCCAUUCAACGUCCCAACAAAACUUCACCACUUCAACUCAGACGACAUCCACUCAGACGACAUCAACUCAGACGACAUCAACUCAGACGACAUCAACUCAAAUGACAUCAAAAACAACAUCAGCGAGGACAGCAACGAAAGCAGCUGUUAAAUCUCGAAGUUGUUCAGAUAUAGAACCACAUUCAAACAACUACAACAACAAUAGAUACUAUUACGUGAUAAGCAACAGCAUAAAAAACAAAUACAAACAACAACAUCAACAAAGUCGGUCUAACAACACGUGA